GCCGACGCAGCGGGCAGCGGGCAGCGGGAUCGACACCUCCACCAUGGCCAGGUGCGACCCCAGCACGGACUUCAUGUGCGGGUCAGUGGUCUGCGCGAUGGCUAUCUUCAAAGACGAGGCCAAAUUUUGGGAUGUUGCCGCGGUGGACGUCGUCGUCUUCAGAAUGGACUUGGGCCCAGCCGACGUUUCUGAGUCCGUUGGCGCCAACUGA